GUCAGUGCUGAUUUGAAAGUAGGACCGUUCAGCGGAAGUGGACUGUCAGUGCUGUGUCCUUUAGCCAUCAAGCUACUCUAACUAGCAUAACAGGCAGAUGAUGUGUACCAUAUGGAGAGAUGACUUGACCUGUGCUUAGAGAGAGAUUCAAGAAGACAUUAGUGUUGAUAACAGCGACCAUGCUGCGCGUCGGGAGUAAAGCUGCCUGCAUGGCCUGCAGGAACCUGGUCUCCACCAACAUGGGGGUGAGAUUUCGGGUACCGCUGCAGAAGGUGCACCCUCUGUCCCGUGCUAUCCACCAUCGCUACUCGGGAAACACCAACCCCCAACGACCACCUCAUCGCACGGCAGCCCGCUAUUUUACCUCCAUGUCACGUUUGCCCAUGCGGCCUCCCAAGCCUCCCCCAGGGUCAGGGGGCCGUGGCCACCAGCAGCAGCGCAACUUCUGGAUAGCUCGCCUCGCUGUCCGUCUGCUGAAGCUCCGAUACAUUCUGCUGGGGUCGGCAGUGGGAGGAGGGUACACCGCUAAAAAGACCUAUGACGAGUGGAAGGACAUGCUACCUGAUUUUAGUGAAUACAACUGGGUCAUUCCUGAUUUUGUCUGGGAACUGAGUGAACAAAUAGAUUUUGAUAAACUGGCCAAAGCUCUACCAGAGAUGGAGGAAAUAGCAAAACUACUACCUGACCUUGACAAGAUAGGCGAGAAUUUCACUUUCCUCAAAAGCCUCCUGUCCUCUGGUGUGAGUUUGGGUAGUGAAGUCAAAGGAGCUUCUGGUCUGCAUCUGUUGUUAGAAACCUCAGGCGAUCCUCCACUAAAAGCCACAGAUUCUUCUGCUUCAGCCGCACAAGAUGGCGGCGACAAGCAAUACAAAAAGGGUCUGCUUGGCGAGCUCAUUCUUAUUCAGCAGCAGAUCCAGCGGCACGAGGAGGAGGUCCGGCGGGCCGCGGCAGCCAAUAGUGCGCCUCCCCCACUGCCAGAGCCUGCUCCCAGUCCGCCUCCGAACCCCAGCCCCCCUCAAGAGAAACGCAAGUCAUCAGACAAAGAAAAGAUAGACCAGCUUCAAGAGGAACUGCUCCGUACGCAGCUAAAAUAUCAGCGCAUGCUGGAGCGAGUGGAGAAGGAGAAUAAAGAGUUAAGGAAAGUGGUGCUGCAAAAAGAUGAUAAGGGGAUUCACCAAAGGAAAGUGAAGAAAUCCCUCAUUGACUUGUAUUCUGAAGUCCUGGACAUCUUGUCAGACUAUGAUGCCAACUACAACACCCAGGACCACCUACCCAGGGUGGUUGUGGUCGGGGAUCAGAGUGCUGGGAAGACUAGUGUGCUGGAGAUGAUAGCCCAGGCCAGGAUCUUCCCCAGGGGCUCAGGAGAGAUGAUGACCCGCUCUCCUGUCAAGGUAACACUAAGCGAAGGCCCUCACCACGUGGCCAUGUUCAAGGACAGUGGCCGAGAGUUUGACCUCACCAAGGAGGACGAUCUGGCUGCUCUCAGGCGCGAGAUUGAGCUGAGGAUGAGGAAGAGUGUGAAGGAGGGACAGACCGUCAGCUGCGAGACAAUAUCCUUGAGUGUCAAAGGCCCCGGCAUCCAGAGGAUGGUGCUUGUUGACUUACCAGGAGUCAUCAGCACUGUGACUGCAGGCAUGGCAGCAGAUACUAAGGAAACCAUCUUCAAAAUCAGCAAAGCCUACAUGCAGAACCCCAAUGCAAUCAUCCUCUGUAUUCAGGAUGGCAGUGUGGAUGCAGAGAGGAGCAUUGUAACAGACUUAGUUAGCCAGAUGGACCCCCACGGGAAGAGAACCAUCUUUGUCCUGACCAAGGUGGACUUGGCUGAGAAGAACCUGGCCAGCCCGAGCAGAAUCCAGCAAAUAGUGGAAGGAAAGCUGUUUCCCAUGAAGGCCCUGGGCUACUUUGCAGUGGUGACAGGAAAAGGGAGCAGUGGUGAAAGCAUAGACUCUAUUAAAGACUACGAGGAAGACUUCUUCCAGAACUCCAGAUUACUAAGGGACGGCAUGCUGAAGGCCCACCAGGUGACCACAAAGAACUUGAGUCUGGCCGUCUCUGACUGCUUCUGGAAGAUGGUGAGGGAGUCUGUUGAGCAGCAGGCGGAUGUCUUCAAAGCAUCUCGCUUCAACUUGGAGACGGAGUGGAAGAACAACUACCCUCGUCUGAGAGAGCUGGACAGGAAUGAACUCUUCGAAAAGGCCAAAAAUGAAAUCUUGGACGAAGUCAUUAGUUUGAGUCAAGUAACCCCACAACACUGGGAGGCCAUCUUGCAGAAGAAGAUGUGGGAACGUGUUUCCACCCAUGUGAUUGAGAACAUCUACCUGCCUGCUGCCCAAACAAUGGACUCGGGUACUUUUAACACCACCGUAGACAUCAAGCUCAAACAGUGGACCGACAAGCAGCUUCCACACAAAGCGCUGGAGGUUGCCUGGGAGACGCUGCAGGAAGAGUUCGCCCGCUUCAUGGCUGAAUACAAAGGCAAAGACCAGGACGACAUUUUUGACAAGUUGAAGGAGGCCGUGAAGGACGAGAGCAUCAAGAGGCACAAGUGGAAUGAGAGGGCCAUGGACAGCCUGAGGGUGAUCCAGCACAACGCCCUAGAAGACCGCUCCAUCACAGACAAGCCCCAGUGGGACGCAGCCAUCAUGUUCAUGGAGGAAACCCUCCAAUCACGCCUCAAAGACACUGAGUCAGUAAUCAGAGAUAUGGUGGGUCCAGGCUGGAGGCAGAGGUGGAUGAACUGGAUGAAUCGCACACCAGAUCAGCACAUUCGUAAUGAAACAAAAAAUGAGCUGGAGCGCUUGCUGAAGCUACACGACGAGCACACAGCCUACCUGGCCAAUGACGAGGUCACCACAGUCAGGAAGAAUCUGGAGGGACGAGGGGUUGAAGUCGACCCUGUGCUGAUCAAGGACACGUGGCAUCAGCUGUAUCGCCGACACUUCUUGCAGAAGGCGCUGUCUCACUGUAACCUCUGCAAGAGAGGUUUCUACUACUACCAGAGACACUUUGUUGACUCUGAGCUGGAGUGCAAUGAUGUGGUACUGUUCUGGAGGAUCCAGAGGAUGCUGGUCAUCACCGGCAACACUCUCCGACAGCAGCUCACCAACACUGAGGUGCGCCGAUUGGAGAAAAAUGUGAAGGAGGUGCUGGAUGACUUUGGGGAAGACAUGGAGAAGAAGACCCACCUCAUCACUGGCCGCCGAGUCCAGCUGGCCGAGGAUCUCAAGAAAGUCCGUGAGAUCCAGGAGAAACUUGAAGCCUUCAUAGAAGCUCUACACAAAGAAAAAUGAGAGAACCAGAACUAUUGAAAGUAAGUUUAUGGAUCACAACAGAGAAAUGCACUGAACAAAGACAACUCAAUCUGUAAAUGACCGUCAUUACAUCCUGACCCUGCCCACACCACUCACCUGAUUUUAAUACCUACGGCUUGGCUCCCUGUCCCACCUCUGACGCUGAUGGAAAGAUGGACCUGAGCUGAAGGAAAUUGUUUUCAAGCUUGCUCUUUGGUUUUCUUUUUUCUCUCUCUUGCGAACUGUCCUGAAUCAAGAGAGGGGCCAAACAGUCGGACACAGUGUUGUCACUCAUCUGACAUCUCAUUUUCAAUAAAUGAGGAUUGUGUACAUGUUAAUCUCCCCAGUUUUUUUUCCCCACUGAUGGAGUCUGUGUACAUGUGAUUAGGGGAGUGUUCAUCUUCACUGAUCUCUGUACAAAGAAAAAACACGUUCUUGAUGGGUGAAACAGCCUUGAAUUUCAUACCUUUAUCUCACCUGGUGCUCCUAAAAUACGCCAUGAUACCCACCUGGUACACGGGAAAUAGCCUCUAAUUAGCAUUAUCAGUUCUUUUUAGUUGCACUUAGGAUCCAAAGCACUUAAGUCAUCCCUCCAAGCUGCAGCUACACUCUACAUUUCUGCUCCAUGUACCCCUAAAUGAGGCGGUGUUUAGUUCCGGCAGAUGUCCACACAUUAAAUCUAUAAGAAUAGAAAGUAGCUGCCUGGUUCAAUAUUCAGCUUCCCUCCCAUCAACGCUGUAACACUACAACAAGUAUACGGCCAGCUCUGAGGGUGUUGGAAACAGUAAGAUGUAUAGAUUUAUUUCUUAUUAUUUUGAUCUAAUGGGGUUUAUUUGACCAUACUAUGUUUAUAUGUCUGCCAAAUACAUGUAAUGUCCUCGUCAUGUCACCUUUUGUUUCUGUCUUUGUCUCUGUGUUUGUGAUGUUUGCACUUCCAUCAUUGUACAUUAACACAGAUAAUAAUACAACUUCCCCCAAAAAACAAAAUAAUUGGAAUAGGACCUCCUCUUAAUAAAUUGAAACUGUAGUCAAACAUAAAUUCAGGAUGCUUCUACAUCAUUAACACUUUAUUAAACUAAGUGCUGUGGUUUUUUUUAACUGAUUGUGGUGAUGUAUUUCAACAUAUUACAUACAUUUCUAAGGUUUAAGACAUCAUUACGCAAUAGCCACAUCGCAUCAUCAGUUAAAGAUGUCAUAAUAACCAUUUGAAAAUGCAUUAUCUGGCAUUUGUUAGAGUCCACGUCUCCACUUUGGACAUGAGCUUUAGUCUUUCCCGCUCUAGUAUCCAGUCCAUCUUGAUCAGCUGGUCCAGUUACACAGGGUGAAGGUGGGUUGUUCUGAUGUGUUUCCAAUCUGCACCAGGUUUGGUGUCCUUUUGUUUAUUUGGCAGCACAGUUAUCUCUAUGUACAUAUACACAGCACAGGUGCACCUGUACUUUUCCUCUCGUCUGUGUUUGAAUGGUCAUUAUCAUCUCAUGUCUCUUGCUGCUUCAGGGAUGAGAUCAAACUCCCAAAAAAAAAAACAAGGAAAAUAGUUAUCUCCAUUUUGUAAAUGAACAGGAAUUAUCCUCAAAGUUAACAAGAAAAACAACGAAUAUCUAACAUGCCGGUGGGUCAUUUUAAACUGUGUAUGCUUUCGUCAACUCACUGAUUGUUCUACAAGUCACUGUCCAGGGCGGGAUGUUUCCAUGCUGCUCCCAAUCUUGUGCUUCUUCUUCAUUCUCAUCUUGGACCCCUUCUCUCAUAUCCACCUCCAUCAUUUGGACUAUUCUAUCUCUCACAUAGACAUCCACUCACUCUUCCUAGCUUGAAAAACUGUCUGAUGUUUGACCGAAAAAGGGGUGAGAGACUGUGUUAAUAAAUAGUAUAUAUAAUAAGCCGUGCAUUCUGUACAGGUAAAGUUAAUGGAGAGUCAUGGAACUACUAUUAUGUACAGCACGUGUAUGCAGAGUGAGCAACUUGUGUAACAGCAAAUCCGUGAGUUGGUUAGAAAAAUGUUUUAUGUUGUAGAAAGUAAUGUUUGCAUGGUGUACCCCAUCAGAUGUGCUUUAUUUAUUACAUUUGUGUUUAAAAGGAAAAAAAGUUAAAAUAAAAUUGACAAAUAAAAAUGACCCUUUUU